GGCGCUCACGUUUUCUUCGGCCGUGAACGCGACAUUGCGCUGAUGACCCGGAAGUUUACAUCAGCGUUCUCCAGGCAACGCUAAAGCUAUCGCAGUCUUCGGUCUUUUUAAUAAACAAGUACACCGCUACAAACUGUUUCUGGUCCUCAAAAUGGCUGAAGUAGAGGAAACAUUAAAAAGGAUUCAGAGCCAAAAGGGAGUCCAAGGAAUUGUUAUUGCCAACUCAGAAGGAAUUCCUAUCAAGUCAACACUAGACAACACCAGCACAGUGCAGUACGCAGGUCUGAUCCACCAGCUCUUACUGAAGGCCAGAAGCACUGUACGAGACAUUGACCCACAGAACGACCUCACCUUUCUCCGAGUCCGCUCCAAGAAAAAUGAGAUCAUGAUAGCACCUGAUAAAGACUACUUUUUAAUUGUGAUUCAGAAUCCUUCAGACUGAAAUUAUUUAUAGACCUACCUAAAGUACAUUGUAAUAGUUAGCUUCUUUGUCACAACAAAUCUCAAAGAAAAUUGAAUACAUAAUACAAAGGCGAAGUGAUUUAUAGCCCACAGAUUAAAGGAUAUUCCAGUAAGUUUUGAUGGCCUGUAUGUAUCUGUAUAUUAAAAUACAUUAGCAGUUCUAAACCGAAUCUGGAAUAUCUAUUUUAUGCUGUGGGUACUCUUGCAUUCCUAAAGUCUCUCUUCUGCAGUUUUCUUGUUGCCAUCAUAAAGCUCAAGAUAAAAAUAGGAACGUGAUAGUUACCUGCUCAAUGUGCAUAAUUUCUUCAAGUAGUAAUGCAUGUAUUUAUAUUUUUUGUUUUUUGUUUUUCCAUCUCUUCUACUGUGCUUAGUGAGCGCCCCAAUAGCUCUCAUGAUGUAACACAAUAAAGAAAAGUUAUGCUA